AAUCGAAACAAACACAAAAACGAACAAAUAUGGCUACUCCAAUCAAAUCCAUAACCCUAGCUCUCUUGAUCUUCUCAGUGUUACUAAUCUCCUUGUCUCUCGGCUCCGUCACAGCGGCGGAUACGGCACGAAACGAGGCGGAGGCACGGCGGAUAUACGAACGGUGGCUAGUGGAGAAUAGGAAGAACUAUAAUGGUCUCGGAGAGAAAGAGAGACGUUUCGAGAUCUUCAAAGACAACUUGAAGUUCAUCGAAGAGCACAAUUCCUUCCCGAAUCAGACUUUUGAAGUCGGGUUGACCCGGUUCGCCGAUCUAACGAACGACGAGUUUCGAGCGAUGUACUUGAGGAGUAAGAUGGAGAGAACUAGGGUUCCGGUGAAAGGUGAGAGGUAUUUGUAUAAGGUUGGAGAUAGUUUACCUGAUGAAAUCGAUUGGAGAGCUAAAGGUGCUGUGAAUCCAGUCAAAGAUCAAGGAAACUGUGGAAGUUGUUGGGCGUUUUCGGCGAUUGGAGCGGUUGAAGGUAUAAAUCAGAUUAAGACAGGAGAGUUGAUAUCUCUGUCGGAGCAAGAACUUGUUGAUUGUGACACAAGUUACAAUGGUGGAUGUGGUGGAGGUCUUAUGGAUUAUGCUUUUAAGUUUAUUAUUGAAAACGGUGGUAUUGAUACAGAGGAAGAUUAUCCUUAUACUGCAACUGAUGAUAACAUUUGCAAUUCUGACAAGAAGAAUACUCGUGUUGUUACUAUUGAUGGUUAUGAGGAUGUUCCUCAAAACGAUGAGAAGUCUUUAAAGAAGGCUCUUGCUAAUCAACCAAUUAGUGUUGCCAUUGAAGCCGGUGGCCGAGCUUUCCAGCUUUACACAUCUGGUGUGUUUACGGGAACAUGUGGAACAUCUUUGGACCAUGGUGUGGUAGCUGUGGGAUAUGGAUCAGAAGGUGGUCAAGACUACUGGAUUGUUCGUAACUCAUGGGGAUCAAACUGGGGAGAAAGCGGAUAUUUUAAGCUUGAACGUAACAUCAAAGAGUCAUCAGGGAAAUGCGGUGUGGCGAUGAUGGCUUCUUACCCUACCAAAUCAUCAGGCUCAAACCCACCAAAACCGCCACCACCUUCACCGGUUGUUUGUGACAAGUCUAACACUUGUCCAGCUAAGUCCACUUGUUGUUGUCUAUAUGAGUACAAUAGUAAAUGCUAUAGCUGGGGAUGUUGUCCGUAUGAGUCAGCCACUUGCUGCGAUGAUGGUUCUAGCUGCUGCCCUCAGUCAUACCCCGUCUGCGACUUGAAGGCCAAUACUUGUAGAAUGAAGGGAAACCGUCCGUUAAGCAUAAAAGCCUUGACACGAGGACCAGCGAUUGCGACCACGAAGUCUACAAACGUGCUAGUGAGCAGCGCUUGAGGAGAGAUGAAGCGAACGAAGAUCCGAUUUGUUUUUUCAUCCCACGUUAAUCAAGAUUCAGUCUUCUUUGCUUUAGACACUUCAAGUUCGGAUCAUAGUUUGAUUCCUCGUUAAUUUUAAUGUGUUAUCUUGGAUUUGAUUUUACUUGCUGUAAAUGUUUAAGAAGUAAUCUGAUAUUUUCUCACAUAGCAUUGUGUCAUCUUCCUUGAAUAAUAAAAUUUGAUCCAGUUG